CUUUAAUUUUUUAACAGAAUCUAAUAAUUAACUAAAACGUGUAUAAAUAGGUCUCUUUUCACAGUCCUUCAACAGCGCUCCUAAAGAAGACGCACACAAAUCAAAGAAGAAUGGGGUUUCCACCAGUGAUGCUUCUCAUGUGUCUGGUUGUUGGGCUGUCCACCUGCCGGGCAGAAGGUGAAGACAAUCAGAUUCGGGUCACUGAGACCACAGAGGAAGAGCAGGAGAAUCAUCUGACAGAGACGGUCGCAGAGGACACAGAAACCCCCGAUCAAGAUCUUCAGACAGUAGCAGUCGAGGCAUCCAACUCGGGAUCCCCAGAGAAAGGAUGUGAGCCAAGCAUCUACAUGGUACUGAAGGAGCUGGGAGCUCUGCAAGAGAGGCAGAAAGCCACUGUGAGCGCCCUGGAGGAAACCAACAGGAAGCUGGAAGCCAGCGAGAAGAAGAUCGACGUCCUUAACAGCUCUCUGACAGAGAUGAGGAGAACUUAUGAAGGACACCAGGUUGCAUUUUCUGCAGCGCUGCCAACAACAGCGACCAUAGGUCCCGUGAAUGUUCUUUAUCCUCUGGUCUACAAACACGUUCUGUCCAACAUCGGAGGCCAUUACAGCCCAGUGACAGGAUACUUUACAGCACCAGUGAGAGGAAUUUAUUACUUUUCUUUUUCUUCAUUUUGUUGGCCGGGUGAUGGAACCUCUGGAGGAAGUCUUUACCGAAAUGAAAAUCAAGUUGUGUCAUGGUACGGUUACACUAAAACUGCCCCCGUCUCUGGCUCUAACAGCGCCAUCUUGCUGCUGCAAGCAGGAGACAUGGUCAACGUCCGCCUCUGGAACGGGAGGAAAAUAAGUGAUAAUGGAAACAAGUACUCCACAUUCAGUGGAUUCUUAUUGUCACCAAUGUAAACAUUUAGAAAACAGAAACGACUUUUUGUGUGGAUAUUGUAAAUAUUUUUUUCUACUGUCACUUUCAGACAACUUUGGAUUAAUAUCAUGUCCUUAUAUAUUUUUUAGGUGACAAUACACCUUUGCAAUACAUGUAUUAUCCAACUAAAUACACAUUCAUCGUUUGAAACUAAAAUUUGAAAUUGAAAUUUGCAUUAAUUGUCCAGUUUCUAAGAAAAUGUCUUAAAUAGUAGAGAAAUGAAACAAGACAGUGAAACUUUUAGUCUCUAUAUUCCAUAACAACAUUUUCUGUAAAUAAAGAACAUUUGCAAAACAACUGUUGUUUUUUUUUUCCUGUCACUUUAAACAGAAAAUACUAUGUGUGUUUUGUGAUAAGCUAAUAACUCACCUGCAAACACAAUGAGGUUUGAAUGUUUGUUUAACUAGUAUGGAAAAGUGAGAAUUUGACUGUACAUUACAGUGAUAAACAGUUAAUAAAAUUCUGUAUAUGAAGUAUUUGUAGUUAAAUACAGACUUGGUUCAAAAUCAUUAAAAUUCCAGUGCUACACAUACAUGACCUAAAUCGUGAUUUAACUGGUAAUCAGGCAAACAUUUGUAUUUUCCCAAUUUAUAACACUUUGAUUGUGUUACAUUGACUUUGCUGUGAAAUCAAAAUUGCCCAUUUCACAUUUCUCAACAAAAACCAACAAUAAAGAUUGUGUUCAACAUAUAGAUGAAUUUCAAUUAAAGACCGUGUAAACACACACUGUGUUGCUUAAAGUUUUACUAUUUACUAACUUUUCUUACAAAUGCAAUUAUUACUUUGGAGUAAAAGCAUUGAUAAGAAAACUAAUGAGAAAGAAAAAUCCAUGCAUGUGGAGGACUCCAUUUUGACCAUUUGCUCCCAAUAUAUAAUAAUAAUUAGAACUGUAAUAGAUCAGUAGUUCUUUGACCGUGUCCUAAAAUACGGUGGGCAUUUAAAUUGCAAUUAUACUAAACUUACAAAGAAUCAUCAGGAAAAUUAAGAGGGUUAAAAAAAAAAAGAAAUGAGCCGAGUUUUCUCUGUGACGAAAGCAUUCAGCUUUAGCUGAUUACAUUUACUACAAUCUGUCAGUUAUAAACAUUAAUAACAAAUUAAUGACUUUACAAAGCUAAAAAUGAUUCAACAUUUCCUUUAUUGAAAUGUGGAAUUCAUCAAUUUCUCCAACAACCUUUUAAGAGGAAACAUUUUUCUGUUGGCGUACUCUCUCAUAACAGAUAGUUACUUUAAUU